UUCUUCAUAGCUUUGUUCGUUUUCCUUCCUUCCCUUUCUCCUCCCAAUUUAUGUCUCUUUUAUCGGCCAUUGUUUUGCCCUAUGCUUCCUAUUCUCCUUCGAUUCCUGCGGUUCAGUUUUCCUUCCUUUGAUUUGAGAAUGCACAGGUGCCGAGUGGUGGAUUCAACACUUCGGGAACUCUUUUUCCCUUCCAAGUCGGGUGCCAUUUAUCAGUUGUUCUAUGCGAUGGAUGAUUGCGCUGAUCAGUUUGGAUUUGGAAUUCUUUUGAGGAUGCUGGCAGCCCAGUGCUUAUACUGUCAUCUAAUUCGGAAGUGGUGCUCUAUUGCUGUAAGAGGAUCGCUUACACUCAUCAAUGGCUUUGAGUUGAUUGGAUGCCUUCACUUCACUUCACAGGGGAAGGAGUGGUGGAUGGGAGCAUCGCAUUUCCAAAUGGAGUUGGCUAACAUAGCAAAGUGCUUAUUGUUGGGUGUUGUGAUUCUGUGGAUUCAAAUCCAUGGAAACAAAGGUUGCUUUGAAGAAGAGAGAUUGGCUCUCUUAGAUUUCAAGGCAUUUGUUGGAUCAAAUGGGUUCGACGCAGACCAUCUUCUUCCUUCAUGGAUUGAUGAUCCAACCAGCAAUUGUUGUCAAUGGGAGCGUGUCAUGUGCAACUCAACUACAGGUCACGUGACUGAACUCUCACUCAACAAUACACGACAAUAUGAUAUAGAUAGUAGAUCAUUUUAUUAUGAUGAGAAUAUUUGGUAUGUAAACUUGUCAAUGUUCCAGCAAUUGAAAGAGCUCAAAACUCUUAAUUUAUCCUAUAAUCAUUUCGAUUGUUCCAUUGAUGACCAAGGUUGUGAAAGAUUAUCAAAACUGAAGAAGGUUGAAGUUUUGGACCUUACUUGGAAUAGAUUCAAUAAUAUCAUCUUACCAUCAUUGGGUACUCUUACAUCACUUAAGACUUUGAUUCUUGGCUCCAAUAGAAUGGAAUGUUCUUUUCCUAUACAAGGCUUUCAAAGAUUAGAGGAGUUGGACCUUAGUAGGAAUAAUUUCAAUAAUAGUAUCUUAUCAUCAUUGGCUGCUCUUCCAUCACUCAACACUUUGAUUCUCCGUUUCAAUUACAUGGAAGGAUCAUUUCCUAAUCAAGGCUUUCAAAGAUUAGAGGAGUUGGACCUUACUAUGAAUAGUUUCAAUAAUAGCAUCUUAUCAUUAUUGGCUGCUCUUCCAUCACUCAACUCUUUGAUUCUCAGAGGCAAUCACAUGGAAGGUUCAUUUCCUAAUCAAGGUUUUGAAAGAUUGGAGAAGUUAGACAUUAGUUGGAAUAUAUUCAAUGGAAGUAUCUUAUUAUCAUUGGGAGCUCUUACAUCACUCAACACUUUGAUUUUUAGUUACAAUGACAUGGGAGGUUCAUUUCCUAUCCAAGAAUUAAAGAAUUUGAAGAGUUUAGAAUUCUUGGAUAUAAGUGGUAACGGUUUUAACAACACUCUAUCAUUUUUAGGUAAACUUCAAAUUCCUUUAUGUAAUUUGUCUUUGCAUUUAUAAAUUUGAUUAUUUUUAUAAAUUAUGUAUAAAUUUGAUUUAUUAAAAUUUAUUAUAUAAAUUAUGUAUAUCAUAACUUUCAUAUUAACUUAAAUAAAAUAUUAAGAUAAAUAAAAUAUAAAUCACAAUUUUAUUAAAUUGUUUUUAAAUAGAAUAAGUGUUUAGUUGUGAAAUAACUGAAAGGCCAUUAUAUACAUGUAAAAAGAAAAUAAUAAUGAUAUACCGUCAAAUCCACAGACUGUAUAUUAUUUUGAGUGUUAUUAGACCUUUACAAAUUUAGCUAAUCACUUAAUUUAAACUUUUAGUUAUUAGAAUACCAAAAAUUCCAAACUUUUUAACUUAUUUUUAUAGUUAGGAUUAAAG